GCUGUUAUCCACCGCUGGUGUAUAUUGCAGGUACCAUUCCCCAAGGCUAACGGACUAGCGCCUUGGAUGUUAUUUUGUGACCAAACAUUGUUUUUGUCUUUCUCACGCCAAGUAAGAAAAACAUCGGCAAACUUUUGCUCCAACAUUGGGGAUACGUUAUCCCUUUGCUGAUGGUUCAUCUUUCAUGAGGAUUAAUUUAUGUGGUUUAUAAGCACGAUCUUAGUUACAGUUUAUUAAACGAAGUAAAGGAACUAACCACGGAUUUGGACACAUUUUCGUAACGGGGUAGCCACGCCCUGUUAGGGGUCAUUCUCGCAGCAGUGCGGGUGUACGUCACAUUGGCGUCAGAAUUUGGGUGGGGAAAAAUGGCUGUUCCCAAUGCUGGAUAUUUUCGGAUCUUCUGGAUCAUAGCAGUAUUAACAUGCUGUUCAUUCACAUAUACUAAUGGACAAGGAAUUGAUUCAACCCAGGUUGAUAAGACGACCUCUUAUGGCUUUGACAUCUCGUGGACAGUGUCAGGUUCCUGGGAUUACUAUACCGUCACUGUCCUCGAUUCCGACGGUGAGAUCGCCCCUGGUUACCCGAUCGACGUUUCUUCGACAUCGGCAGAAUUGAUACAUCUCUUCAACAGUACUUCGUACGACAUUCACGUUCAGCCAAAAUCAAACUCGGGAGAUAUGAACGGCGUCAAUGGCACUGCCACAGGACUCACUCAUGCUCGGAUAUUGACUCCAUCUUUGAGUACCAACUUGAUCCAGUUGACUUUCCCGAUUGAUGCAUCAGCUACUUUCGUACUGCGUCAAGUUGAGGAUCCUUCAGUAACCAGUACAACUCAAGGUGUCUCUGUUGAUGGGAUAGUAUCUGCCUUUUUUCUUGCACCUGAAAUGUUCCCCUAUCCGGCUCCUGGUGAUCUAAUCUAUGCAUCAGUUGCACUGUCAGCUGAUCCAACCAACCUUCUAAAUGAGAUCCACUUUAGAAGACCUCCGAACCCACCACGCAAUGUAACAUUUAGCCCCAUCGGAGAUACCGUCCAUGUAAACUUCCUGCCCCCUGAAACUGGCAGUUAUGAUGGCUUCAAGAUCCGCGCCAACGGUGUCUCGACAGAUCUUCCGGCUAGUAGCACGACCUGGGUCAGUGGCAGUUUGACCACAAAUACACCUUACACGUUUGAGGUGACGUCAUUCGUUGGUAUCGGUGGCGAUGAGACGGAGAGCAUAAGCGAGAGUGGUACCAUAAGUCUAGUGGAGAUUACUCUUGAUCGAAGAGGCGAAACUGACCUUGGUCUCUCGUGGGGCGAACCAGUGGGUAAUGACUACGACAGUCUGGUGCUUACAUGGGCUCCACCAGAAUCAUCUGAUGAUCUUGGCAUGGACACCAGAGCAUACAACCUGACCGUGCUACAACCUGGAACCGAUUACACGGUGUCUCUUUACAAGAAAUCUGGCGGUGUCAGAGGGGACCUAGUUGCACAGACCACUUUUCAGACAUUCCCGGCAACUGUCGAUGGCACCACAAUUACCUAUGAUUUGACGGUCGACGGUGACCUCGUAUUAGAUUGGCAAUCUCCAGCAGGGCUUGUAGAUUCCUAUAAUGUGACCGUUACCCCCGGAGAUCUGACCGUGAACGUCCCAGCUGGCUCAGAACCAUCAUACACAUUCACAUCUCUCAACCCUUCAACUGAGCACACUUUUAGCAUCGUGACUAUCAAGGGUGAAUUCGUCUCGCCAGACGCGGCUUCCUUCUCCGCGCUCACAGGACCAGGGGCACCUACAGGAAUCAUGAUCACUGGCUACUCUACCGGAGCAGAUAUCUCAUGGGAGUCUGUUCCAAAUGCAGAUAGCUAUAGAGUUAUUGUGACUGAUUCAAGUGAAGUCAGUUUGUUUGAUGAAAGGCAAAUUGGCCUUACUGUCGAGCAACGAUCCUUGCAAGAAAGCACCGUCUAUGCCGUUACCAUAACUUCCUUCGACACUGACGGGGUAGUUGGACGAGAGCUGAUAGGCAGGACAAGUACCAUGGAAUUCACCACAAUCGCACGCAUUGGAACAGUUGCAUCUCGGACAAGCAAUUCCAUAACGCUCGGGGAAUUGUCUGAGGGCUUUGGUGUUGAGACGGAUGUAGAUACAGUCUCUGCAAAUGCGAUGGGGGUCGCGGUGAUGGCAUCGUUAGAUCCUGGCAUGUGCUAUACAUUUAGCAUUAAAAACAAUUCAGUGCUCCUGGAUAUCUUCGAAGAAUGCACCUUGCCGGAUGCACCAACCUUGUCCAUAGAUAGAGGGAGCCCUCUAGAUUCUGUCCUGGUGUUGGACAUCACCGCACCAACAGGUGGAAUCGAUCAUUACAUCGUGACCGUCACCGAUGGGGAAGUCGAAAGUUCCAUGACCAUCACGAAUGUGUCCUCUCCGUUCACAUUUUCCGACUUGGAGCCAUUCACAACAUACACCUUCACUGUGGUGACCGUGUUCAUGGGUCAAAAUAGUUCCGAGGCCCAAGAAUCUUUCAGCACAGCUUUGAGUAGCCCUUCGGACUUUGUGGUUUCAUCUUUCGAUUUCACCGAGAUCACCCUCGAGUGGACUAGUGUUCCCGAUGCCACGAUGUAUCGACUCACUAGAACUCCUGGUUCUCGGUCAGUAGAAACCAGUGAGGAUACCUACACCUUCACGGACCUGACCCCGGGCACAUCUUACACCUUUACGAUCGUCAGUUUCCGCUCUGGCGGUUUCGAUAGCGAAGAAGUGACACUUACCAACUCUACAGCGGAGAUUCCUGUUGGGGAAAUUCUAGUGUCAGAUGUGACGUCGGACCGCGCUUUCCUCCAGUGGCGUAGUUAUCCGACUGCCCUUUUUUAUAGGAUCUUUUCUCCGAUGGAUUCUAUUGUAGAGCGGCCAGGAAUAGAUGAUCUUGAAGUCGAAAUUGAAAUCCUCACACCAGGUGUUGUGGUGAAUGUGACUCUGGAAAAUGGUGCCACCAAUGAUUUCCUAGCUACCACGCUACUCAGAGCGGCACCCGAAUCACCAGCUAAUCUCACUUUGAACAGCAUCGACGUCCUGACUGCCAACAUCAUGUGGGAUUCCCCACCAGGACCACAUGACGGGUACCAGAUCUUCAUCCAGUAUUCGGAGCCAGCCGACAGUGAGCGCAUGCUCGUCGACACCAUCUCGACCAACCCUGGCUUCUACAUCAUCACUGGUCUGCGGCCGCGGACGGGCUUGACGAUCGAGGUCGGGACGUACCUGGAUGCUUCCGGGACGUUCCCGUUCCAGUCGAGCGAUGAGUCGAAGAACCCGAAGCUGACAAACGAGACAGAUGGCCCGACUGUCUUUGAACUGGUUCUUGUGUCCAGAGGAACAGACUUUAUCCAGGUUGCCUGGGGUGUGUCUCCCGUUUAUAACACAACUUAUUCCAUCGACCCCGAUGACGGAGCGGAGCGCGAUCUCGACAGGGAGGAAAACGGUCUCCUCACGUAUCGUGGUCUGCAGCCGGCCACCGAGUAUACGAUCUUUGUAACAUACACUGACAGCAUGAAUACGCAGGUUAACGUGUCAACUUUCACUGAACCGUUACAGCCAGCAGACUUUGUGGUGAUCUCUGCAACGUAUCAGGAGAUAGACUUGUCCUGGAGCCCUGGUGGUGGCCAGACUUCAAUGUAUGAGAUUACUUUAACCACAGAAGCUUGUGGAGGAUAUUCCAUCAGUAACGAAACUACAAAUCCAAAAGCAACCUUGGAAGAUUUAAGGAUCGCCACAAGCUUCGUGAUCACUGUCGUGGCAGUAGUUGACGGAGGAACAAAGAGUGCCCCUGGCUCUAUCACUGUGGCGACAGAUGAUACUGAUGUAGUGGAAAAUGCUGUGUCUGUGUUGUCUGCUUCUACUCUAAACGAACGUGAUGCUCAACUUACAGUAGCUUUAUUGUCUGAUAGCGACUUCACGGCUACAGUGGAUUCCACUUCCUACAGUGGGUCGUGUAGACAGUCGAGUAUUGAGGAAGUGAGAGUGAAUACAGGAGCAGAAAUACCACUUAAUAUUACAAGGGGCACCACAACUUCACUCACGUUCUACAGAACAGAUCCUGGUAUACUUCAAGAUGUUGGAGUAGAAAGCAUUACAUCGACAUCGGCAGUGGUUGGGUUUUUAGCACCACUAAGAGGAAGCUACGACGGUGCUAUCUUGAUCCUGACUUCCCUUCAAGAUGAGGAUUACUACCCCCCUGGACAGGAAUGGAAUGUGUCUUCCCCAGAUACAAACUAUACCCUAGAGGAUCUAAAACCCUCUACCAGCUACAACGUGUCUGCCAACGCCUUCCUCCUUUCCACAUCUCAAUUUGACGAACAGUUUAGCCGUGAAGAGAUAGAGACCUUUAAUACACUCGCUCUCCCGGCUUCGGAAAUUUCAAUUCUUGAGAUGGGGGAUGACUCCGUAACAUUAAUCCACGGUGGAGAGAGUGCCACUUUCAACUUCAGUGUUAGUCCAGAAGUCGAUUCUAUCAUCCCAAGGGAGGGCAACCGGGUGGACCUAACCGGACUUCAACCGGGAGUCAUCUAUAACUUUUCAGUCAACGUCGUUGACGAAGCACAAGAGGCUUCCGUUCUUCUGCGGUUGCCUCCCUCAAUACCUCUCGUGAGCGUUGGAGCGACGACAGAAACUUCGAUAACGUUAAACAUCAAGACGAGCAGCGGCACCGCAGACACAUACUCAAUCAAAAUCGCAUCUACCAACCCUGGAUUCUGUCUCUUUGAAGACGAGCGAAGCCUGGAGUUCUUCGAGUCCGGUGACCACGUGAUUGAUGACCUCCCACCUGGGCUGGAGUAUACCAUUGAGGUGACGGGUGUGGUAGCAGCAGUUACCGAUGAAGGUGGAGAUGUUGUGUUGGAGAUGACCAGUGGACCUGAAGCUGAUGUCAGCGGCUCUACGGACCCAGUUCCCAGAGGCGAAUUCCUUGUCAUCGAUGAAGGUGAAGCGAACGUCACCCUUGUGUGGUUCUCUAAUACCACCUCCAACCUCACAGUGACGAACAUGACCAGAGCACAGAGUAUGACUGAUUUUAUUCUUUCUGAGACCGAUUGUUCGUCCCCACGAGUAAUGGACUUUGAGCUAUCUGAUCCGGGGACUGUUUACACAAUAGUCUACAGCGCCAUCUCUGGGGAAGAAUUUGAAUACAGGAUUAGAACAGAUCCAGGAGACUUAGAAAAUUUCACGAUUUCAUAUGGGAACCAAACAUCUAUUGAAUUAUCUUUCGAGCCGCCAAUAGUCGGUGAUGUUGAUAGGGCAGACAUAACCAUAGUCUCACAGGUGGAUAGACGGUACAACUCUCCAGGCCAGACUAUAUCGGUUGAAAAUAUCCAAGCGUCGUUUGUUCUUGACAACCUACUUCCCUCUGUUCUGUACGAGUUUUCUAUCAGGACUGUCUUAAAUGCAACUGAUGAAUUUGAGGAGCAACAGAGUGGAAGUUUAAAGGACGAUAGAUCAACCGAUCCUCCUGGUCCAGGAACAAUUUAUGAGACUGAUCGCAAUGAGACAUCAAUCUUGUAUACUCUACCUAAUUUUACAAACUUCGAUGUGGAUCUUAGUCCAAUGGGAGAAUGGGAAAGGAGUGGAGGAAAUAAUAGAGUUUACAUCACGAAUCUGAUUCCUGGGCGGCUUUACAAUGGGUCUAUUGACAUCAGUAGUGAGGAAUUGAUGAUUAGAUUCAGAUUGCGUCCAAGCCAACCUGAAGUGACUAUUCUGGAUGUUGCCGAGUCCUACAUCACUUUAAACCUCACGCCUGGGUUCGGAGUCCUCGAUGAAUACAUCAUCACAAUAUCAUGCAAGGACGCUACUCAAAACGAUUGCGAUUGUGAAGACGAAUAUCGAGUUGAAGGAGAUUCUGAGACAUUCAUCCUCGGUGACCUUCGACCCGGAGUGGAGUAUGACAUCCAAGUCGUGGCUUGGGGUGGUCCGGAACUAGAUGAACGCAGUGAGCCGGCCAUUUUGGAAAGCAUGACUACGCCAAUCCCUGGCGAUGGUUUCACGGUCUUGGACCAGACUCCGGACAGCGUCUUCUUGGCCUGGACGGCGAGUGAGCCUACCAACGUCACCAUGGAACGUAUGAUCGAAGGAAGCUACGUCCACAAUGCCACGUUCCCUUACAGAGGAUGCUUCAGCUCCUAUACCCUGGAGGUUGAGGAUCUGGAACCGGUAACCCUCUAUCGCUUUACCUUGACUGGUGGUGAUACCAUCCUCAUCAGAACGGAUCCGCCGUCCAUUGCAAAUUGUUCCGUCGAGACAUUGUCUUCAAGCUACGUGUUCACCUGGUCAGCUCUGCCUUCUGGACGUACGGACGACUACCAAGUGACCGUCACAGAUUCUUUGGGUCAAAUCGUGCAAGAAGAGACUGUGCCCCCAGAAGACGACCUGGAAGUGAUGCAAGUUCAGGUUGAGCCAGAAACCAAUCUCACGCUAGUUGUUAAUUCGCGAUUGGCAGCUGACGGCGAUUUUCCUGAGCAGUUUGGCCCCGUUCCCUGUAUGGUUGAGGCAGUCACCAAACCACUUGUACCUGGUGAACUAUCUACCGGUAAUGCCACGUCUGAUGGUAUCCCCUUUACUGUCGGAAAUGCCAGCAUGAUUCCAGGAUUUGAGGAUUACUCCUUCUCUAUAGAGCCACCGGGUCCGACGUUGAGCUUUGACGCUGACUCACUGAUGGGAGUUUUCAGUGACAUCACCCCUGGUCAGCUGUACACCAUCAGUUCUAACUUAGUAGGAAUAGACAUGUCUUUCACAAGCAUGCAUCGAGCAAAGCCACUCUCCCCUGUUAAUAGCACGUCACCGUUCGCGACCCCGACAAGCGUCCGUCUCGAAUGGAGAGUACCAAUCGGCAUUGUAACCUUCUACCGGGUGUCAAUCAAUCCAACCUUUGAGACGGAGGAGAACUUCAUCGACAUCGAAGACCUGCUUCCCGGAACCCACUACAAUGUGUCUAUUGUGGCUGUUAGUGGCACUGGGCUAUAUCAGCAGAUAAGCGAUCCACUUGAACUCGAGGUCAUCACAAACGAGAUACCAGCCGGUGAAAUUGUGUUUGUAGAUGUGACUUCAUUGUCCGUGACGGCCAUUUUUGACACCACUGGUGUUACUGGUUCUGUUCUAGUGCUUAUCACCAAUAGUGAUGGCGAUUCUCUUGGCGGUUUUCCGGUGUCUGGCAACACGGUCACGCUUGAUGAAAAUCGUAUACAACCAUCGCAAAUUUACAUUCUCGAGGUGCUUGACUUCAACAACGGUAUACCGUUUGCACAAGGGAAUGUUCGAUCAAAUCCGGAAAUCCCGCAGCCUCUGAGGCCAGCCAGUGUUGGGUCUUUCAGCCUUUCCUUUGAAUGGGACGCCACCAUGUCGUCAUUCUCAUCCUACAGGGUGUACUAUGUCCCUUUCUCCUUUAGAAGGGAGCUGGUCUCCACCAUUCCAAGCAACAGCACGGACCUGACCUACAGGCAAGAGUGCCUGAGACCAGAAACAGAGUAUGUCUUUGAGCUCCUCACUGUCCUUGACGCGGCCGAUGGGUUCGGUGAACAGACCAGUAACUCCGCACAGUCCAUCACAAUCACCACAGCUAUGUACCCCAACAACGAGCCACACAUCUCCAGCAAUACCAACACAACACUGACGCUCACCUGGCUCAACGCUGCCACUGACGCAAGACAAGUAUGCCUGAAGGAACUCUGCAGCACCCUCCGAAGUGCCAUGCCCAUAUGUCAGCAAACCAAUCAGACGUGCCCAAUCUUCUACCACUUCGAGGACCUGGUACCGGGCAGGAGAUACGUGGUCUAUGUCGAGAACAACGAUGGGUCAAUGGAGGACAUCAUUUUCACGCAAACAAAACCUAAUCCUCCGGUGUUCCUCAACGCCACGGCUCUCGAUUCCAACAAAAUUCAAGUCUACCUGGUUCCGCCCGAGGGAGAGUUUGACGGUUACGAGCUCUCCUUCUCUCCUUCCGUCGUCGGUCCCAUUUCCUUGGAGCCGGAGACCAGUGUUUAUGUUCUGGAUAAUCUCCAAGCUGACACAGAGUAUACCAUAAACGUUCUUGCGUUCACCGGGCACAAUGGACAACGUCUAGAAGGAGAUGCCAUCUCUGCAACCGCGACCACGGAACAAAUGAUCGUUGACGCCACGAACAUUGCCACCAAUGGCUUCUUCGUCACCUGGUCGUCGGCAAUGCUGGUCCUGACCCCGACCGACAGAUUCCAACUGUCCUACUACUCUAUGGUGAAUGAUUCAGAGACCAUCCCCCAGGAUUCUAGCGAGGUUUACAUCCGUCCAAUCGGAAACCUUGUACCCGGGGACCUCAUCACGGUCAGUCUUUCAACGGUUGCAUCGGGAGGCCAAGCUACGUUGGUUGACACCCUUGUCAGGCGAACAAAGCCCGAGGCAGUAUCAUCUUUCACGGCCACUCGGGACUCACCGACCAGCAUCCGCUUGUUAUGGAGGGCGCCACCUACUGGGCUGUACUGGGGAUAUCUCGUCUGGUACACUCCGUCUGACGGUGACCAGAGCUCACCGAUAGAACUGGGGCCGGACGAGGAAGAGUUGACCAUUACCGGACUUGCGUUUGACCAGAUGUACAACGUCAGUAUUAGGUCUUUCGUCGGGAGAGGUGGUUCUUAUCGUGAAAGUGACCCUGAAAUGGAUAUGGUUUCCACAGGUAUGGGUGAGGCCAAUGAGGUCAACAUCCGUAGGCUGACACCGACGUCAGUCUCGUUCACUUGGGCUGGAUCCGGUAGCGGGAACUUCAUCGUCAGCCUUUCACCCGUGGGUAGCUGCAUGGCGGAUACCCCGGCCAAUCAGAACGUGUCGUCGAGAGAGGCGACGUUCAAUGACCUCGUACCUGGUGCCAGAUAUGCCAUUGUAAAUGAUGGAUCGCCCCUGACUAUUGAUGAUGAGAAUGCUGAGUUUAUAGCAGUGCCCGACCAAGUGAGCAAUGUUCAAGUGAAAUUCAUCAACUCCAGUGCGGUAACGCUGACUUGGACACCGCCCUCUGGCUGCUACGACCGGAUAGAGAUCAGCUACUCUCCCGAUACCUGCACCAACCCGUCACCGAUCGUGCUCAGUCGCGAGGAUGGCAACGAGCAUACCCUAACGCCGCUGGGAGCCAACGUGGAGUACGAGUUGUCCUUUGUCACGCUUCAAAUGACAGCUAGGAGCGAGCCGCACCUGGCCACUGUACGCACAACAUGCCCGGAGAAGGAGAAGCUUAACGUUGGUUCUGUACAAGCGGACAGUAUCUCCCUCACUUGGGGCGAGACUACCGAUCCCUCUGCAACGGGUUACACCCUUAUGGCCACGCCCGAAUCUUCCUCCCCGAUCGCGCAGGCACUUCCUCUGUCGGUAUCGGAGCACACGUUCAGCGGAUUAAUGAGCGGAGUGGAUCACACCAUCGUGCUUUAUGUGAACGGGACCUCCAUAACUGAUACGGUCACCCAAACGACUUGUCCAAGUGAAGCCCGGAAUGUGUCGGUAAUUUUCUUCACCCAAACAUGUCUGACCUUUGUCUGGUUGCCGCCUGAAGGAAACUUUAACAGCUACGAGGUGUUUGUCCGACAUGGCAACCCUCCAGUCUUUGUCUUCGAGCGGACCGUGAACCCCGACGAAGAUCUUAAUAUCCUGGUCGAGAACCUGAACGCUGGCACGCUCUACACCAUCGGUGUCGUCACGGUCGUCAAUGGAUUCAUGGGGAAGCCCGCCCUCACAACACAACGAACAAUUGAUGAUCUUGUGAUGACUUCAUCUGUCGUUGAUGAUCUCCAGGCCGUCCGUGUUUCGUGGGAGGCCCAUGCCGACGCUGCCUACUACAACCUUGUCUACAUACCAGAUAACGGCAACGUGACCUCGGAAGAUUUGACCAACAUCUCUGACACCUCGGUAACCAUCGGCAACCUCACGCCCGGCAAGCGAUACGUCUUCAUACUUUCUCUUUACAACAUGGAUAAUGAGAGUUCCCUGUUGGCGCAGACUUCUUAUACCCUGAAACCGGAGAGCCCUAGAUUGGAGAUAAAUGCCACCUCAGUAACCACUGCUGAACUUUCUUUUAAGCCGAAUGUUGGAGUGUACGAAACGUACGAGAUCAAGGUAAGACCAUCAGGUCCGACCUUGACCGGAGACCGAGCUGCGGUUGUUUUGCGGUUCAUAUCAGGUCUUACACCCAACACAAGUUACACUGCUACCGUCACGCUCAGGACUGGCGACGAAGAAUUGGAAGAAGAUAUCGAUUUCACAACAGAUGCUCUCGAAGAAAACACUUUGUAUGUUGCUGACAGGACAACCACAUCCGUCAGGCUUGUCUGGAUAGAAAACCCAGCCAAAUUCCUCUAUGCCAUUCAGCUCUUUAGAGGUGGCAGUAUCUUUGUGCGAGGAGAUUCUUUUGAACGCUCCGACCUAGAACCCGGCACCGAGUAUAACCCGAUCUUGUACUUCUUGAACCCGGGAAAUGAUGACUUUACAACGGCGGACGAUGCACUGGUGUUCGCAACACAACCGGAACCAGUUUUAUUCUUUGAGGUCAAGGAAGUCGGUGAGACAAACAUCACUUUCGUAUGGAGCGGCCCACCCACAGCCUUUCAUGGAUAUAUCCUGUAUAUCACACCGAAUAUUGAAAAAGUGCUGGACAAGGAUGAGACACAGAUAACUGUAGAACUUGACGUAAAUACAGAAUAUCUCGCAUCAAUAUACACCGUUGUUGAAUCCACCUCAGUGACUUACAGCGAGCCUGCAACGCUCAAUGUGAUUAUUGAUCCGCGAGAACCUGGAGCUAUUCAAGUUACUGAGGUGACUUCAACAUCGAUUUCCAUCACCUGGACCGAGAUCGCAGGAAUCACGGACUAUAUCGUGAACCUUACCCUCGCGAGCAACAACUCGUUGCUUUUCUCGAGGAUCAGCCGAGAUUCCCGCGAGGCGAGCUUCUCCGGGCUCAAUCCGGGAGAGGAGUACGUCAUCAAGAUCGGGCUGCAGUGCGCUGGAGAGGUUCUCUCUCUUCGACAGUUCACACGUCCAUUCCCUCCAGUCUGCCCUGUCUUCACAUGGGUUGCAGAAGAGACCGUUAUCUUCCAGUGGUCCCGGCCAGAAGGCCAGCUCUUCGGCUACGAGAUCACUUACAACGACAAACACGGCCCGUACACACCCAUCGACGUGUUUGACCGAAACUCACUUCAGCUGGAGAGGACCGUCUCGGGUUUGACGGACGGUGCGAACACAGUGGUUAAUAUUUCUACUCUCGCAGGCGCAGGAAGAACCCAGACGCGAAGCGAACAUGUCUCCAUCUCUCCAAGGACCCUUGGCAGUACCUUCAACAUUACAACGGUGACCUCAACUAGUAUCUCGUUUGGAUGGUAUGACCUCCCAGACGCAAUCUCAUACGACGUCUGCAUCCAACCCAUGACGGGGAACUCUACCUGCCGUAACCUGACCGAGAAGAUGACAAUGUUCACUGACCUUACCCCUGGCGCGGCUUACACGCUUUUUAUCGGAUGGGACGACGCAUGUGGAGUUUCCCGGACAUUGAAUACUGUUCCGGGCAGCCCUGUUAAUACAUCCUUGGGUAGUAUCCUGUCUUGUGCUGGGCAAGUUACGUGGAAUAUUCCCGACGGCGACUACGACUUCUUCGAAGUCACCUAUAUGCCAGACCAUGGCUUCACCAAAUCUCCAUCCCACAUCUACCGCGAGGAGAUCAAUGAGAACCAAACCACCGUUGAAUUUUCUUUCGUCGGCAUCCUGCCCGACACAGAUUACAACGUUUCUGUGGUGACUGUCUCCGGGGCACUUGACGUGAAGAGCGAGCCCUCGUAUAUCUCUUUCAGAACAGAAUCCCCUGCUAAUGGCAGUGUUGAAGUAGCGGACCUCUUUUCAGAUGAGAUUCAACUCAUGUGGAGUAGCGAUGCACAGGAAUAUGUUUACAUAAGAUAUAAUAUCGACGGUGAGGACGAAGCCACGUGUGACAACGGAUCCCUUUGUUCUCUCGGCAACGGCAGUGAAUCUUUCAACAUCACAGACCUCGAAUCCGGUCAGUUGUACAACAUCUUCGUCGAUCGGGAUGGCGUCUGCGAAACACUUCUGCAGUACACACGUCCGUUACCACCUGUCAACAUAACGACCGCCGAGAGCACUCUUACUUCGCUCGUUAUCACCUGGGAAGACCCCGGAAAUGAAACCAUGUUUGAUCGGUACUACGUUGCUUAUGAGAGAGAAGACAUGCUCGGUGAUUUCAUAGAAGUCGGGUUCUUCGAUCCGAAUGUGACCUCGGUGACCCUCGAAGGCUUGACCCCGAGGACAGAGUACCUCGUUGAUGUAUCUACGGUCGUGGGCGAGGGCGAUGCCAGGGAGUUCAGCGAGCAGGCCCUGAAUUCUGCUUACACUGCUGCUGCUAACGGCACUGUAGAAGUCUUUGAAUUCGACUCCACCAGCAUGCGACUCACCUGGCCCGAGACACCCUCUGACCACAAUGUCACUGUCUCCAUCUCACCAGACGAUGGCGCUCUUGCAUUGAAUCUCGGAAACAGGAGUUCUGACGUAACCGGCCUUGUACCAGGAAGACUGUAUAACAUCAGUAUCUUCCCUUUUGAUGAUAUCCACCAAAGAACAAUUCCGCUUCCUCCGGUCAACAUAUCAAUCUGCUCAGACGUCAACUCCACCUACUUCUCCAUCUGCGUGACUUUCACCCCUCCAACCGGCGAUUACGAUGCCUUUAACGUGUUCAUCAGGGUAGGAGUAGAUUGGCCCACUGGGCGCCUAAGGAAAAGAUCCACAACACCGGAAGGUUUCGAAUUGGUGGAAACUUUAGCAAGCGACACGUUUGAGACUGUCCUCGACAGUUUGACGCCAAACACGGAUUACAUCGUGAAAAUCGUUACCGUUGCUGGUCCCGACAGUGUGACGGAGCAAUGCAGCACAGCCGUUCUAACCAGAGGCAGAACAUUGAUGAUAGGAGAAAACAGAGUCAUCUUCACGGAGGUCAACUCGACAUCGUUUAGAGUAUGGUGGGACCAUCUUUCAAACUAUACUGGGAAUUACAGCAUCACCAUCCAGCCAGACGACCUUGAAGAGCAAGUGUGGCGUUACUCGGAUCCUUACGCCGACUUUGUAGGGCUAUCCCCGUCCACCGUUUACAACGUAACCGUACGGACUUCGUCCGGUGUUGCCGCAGUGGGGAGUGUCAGAACCGAUCCUGACUCUGUCAGUAAUCUCGAAUUGAUCACCAUUGAUGACAUUACCCUUGUCGCUACGUGGGACGCCCCCAGCGUCGUUUCCAGCUCAUACAACAUCCAGCUCACGCUCUUUGAUGACAAUGCGACUGUGCGAACCGUUGAGGUAUCGGGAAACGUCACAGAGUACAGUUUUGAGUGCCUCACAUCAAACACGACUUACACCGUUGAAUUAAUGUCUGUACUCCUAGGGAGUGGCUCGUUUGAAGCGCAGGUGCCAACAGGUGCUUCGCUUACUGCCACAAAUACAACAGAUGAUCUUCAUCCGCCAACCGAGUCCAAACCAACGGUUUACUCUCUGACCUCCACGAGUAUUGCCAUUCGCUGGGGGCGGCUGGGUCAAGCCGACUACAGCGUCUGCAUAGUGGAGUACUGUCAGCAAUACAUGGUUGAUCCUGUUUGCCUCAAUGAAACCACUGAUCUGUGCAGCAUCGAAGGAGUUUUUGAUGGUCUCAACCCAGGAGAGCUUUAUUUGAUAUCGUUCAAGGACCUCCUCGGAGAAGAAGAGCUUGGAAGAGUGAGAACAAGACCAGCACCCCCGUCCUCUGUAACUAUCUCAGCAGUGAACUCCAGGAAGAUUGAGAUUCGUUGGGAUCCACCACCAAACAUUGCAGAGAUGGUCCUGGAGUACUUCCAGACUGACGAUCCCUCAGAGGAUUACUGGGAGGGAAGGAUCGACAACGACGGAACGUACGACAUCCACGGCCUUGAUGCGGAUACGAGUUAUACCGUACGGCUAAGCAGCGUUGGAAGGCCAGGAGCGGGCGCUGGGAGCGAUGAUGAGCGUUUGUCGGGAGAGCCGCUGGAAGAAAUCGUCAUGACAAGAGAACGUACGCUUACAGUUUUCAACUUGGAAACGAAUGUUCUGACCUUUUACUGGGAUGACAUGGCUUUGCCCAACGAUGCGACGGGCUUCUACCUCAAUGUGACCGACAAUUUUGCAGAGGAAAUACCUAGGGGAGGUACCGAUGAUACGUACCAAAAGACCAUAUCAGGCUUGACUCCCGGACAGCUCUACUCAGCCUCGCUCUUCGCCCGGCCAAGCAAUCAGUUGCUGGACACGCUGGAGGUCCGAACAAAACCCAACACCCCACGAUCUCUUGAGGUUGCCCAAACCACAAUCACCACGGUGCGUGUCGAGUGGGACCUCCCUGUAGAAGAUCUUCACCGGGGCUUCGAGGUCAACAUAGACCCACCAACGGCCCUGCAGGAGCUUCCACUUACAGUGGGAAGGACCCUACGCGGAUUCACCUUCGAGGGACUGAGGCACAAAACAACAUACACAGUAUCUGUGGCUACAGUUAUGGGAGAAGGAGGGCUGGAGGAAAAGAGUAUCUUUGCAAAUGUGAUAGCUAAAACGGACGAAGGAGAAGGAGAUGAAGUUUACCUAUUAUCCAUUUCAUCAAUGGAGGUAGAAAUCGGUUGGACAUUUGAGGAGAACGAACGCAUCUCAUUAGAUGGCGAUAUGAUAGGUACAACCAUAGCUUCCGAGAUACCUUACAACAUUUCAGAUCUAAUCCCGGGUAGACAGUAUACUGCCACAGUUGGAAACGUUGCACUGACUUUCACAACAGUUCCAGCAACUCCACAAAGUCUAGAACUGAGGACAGUCGGACCUUAUUCAUUGGUAUGGGAAGUGGACACUUCUCGCAACGAUCUCAACUACGAGCGUCUCCAGGUCAGCUACAGCCCGGAUUCUGGUCAGACACUGUCUCCCUUUGACAUCAAUCGCUGCACCGAUGGCACGUUUGUCCUGGAGGGGCUUCAGCCAGACACGGAGUACUCUGUCUCUGUCAUAGCGAUUUCGGGUAGCACUGAAAGUGAAGUUUUGAGGAGAUACGGAUUUACAACUUGUGCCAGAAUUGGCGUACUCCACGUGGUAUCCCUCACCAGCUCUGAAAUCACCGUAUCCUGGGGCCCCGUGGACGGCAUCCAGAGCUACAAUCUACGUCUGUUCAGCGGCACCGGUAACUUCCUCAGAAACCUGGACCUCCCGGCUAAUAGAGACACGGCAACGUUUGAUGCAUUGACAGCGGCAACUAACUACACAGUGCGACUUAUUGUCGAUAGUGUGGAAAGGGAUGAACUUCAGUUUAUAAGCAAUCCUGAGGCACCAGGCCCUAUCACCUUGGCAACCUCCACGCAGACCCGCCUCUCGUUUAGUUGGGAAACGCCAUCGACUGAAUACACGUAUGAAAUAUACAUCUCAAGGAGCGAUGAGCAGGAGCACCGGCCAGUGGGUGUGGUCUAUCCGAAUGAAGCUCCGGAAUUUGAGGUGGCUGGUCUUCUUCCGGAAACAACGUAUUCCAUCAGGAUCUUCUCAGUGUUUUUUGGAUUUCGAAGCGAUCCUACUGAUGCUCUAUUCUCAACAGAUGAACAAGUCCUUGUGUUUGUUGGAACCCCCGAGAACCUCACUGUUUCUUGGGGAGCGCAAGAUGGCGCUAGUUCCUACAGGCUCGUUUACACAACGACCAAUAGAGAAACCAACAGCAUCGCCAUUUCAACCGCUUCAACGUCUGAAGUUAUUGAUAAUCUGCUAUCUGGCGCCAUCUACAAUUUCGUACUCUACUCCGUUGCUGCUGAUAGCACAGAAGUGAAGGUCGCCGAUGCAGAGUUUGUUCAGAGGCCUUUGACACCAUCUGCCGAAAUUUCAGACGUGAAAGCAACGACCGCUCUUCUCGCCUUCACUCCCGGAGAAGGAAUCUUUGACGACUACGUGGUCACGUUGUCGUCCCCGACGUACAGCUGCGGAGCUCGCCAGCCAGUCUUCACCCUUUCCCGCGAGGCUUGCCCAGAGCUACUGAUUACGGAUCUGUAUCCCGGCGUGAUAUAUACUGCCUCCGUCUACGCCAGGACCGGUGAAAGUGGGCGUAGUCUCCCCAGUAACACAACAGUUCUAAAUUUCACCACGACUGUUCCUUCAAUUGAGAUGGAAGUCAGCCGAGUAGAAACAACCUCCAUCGAGGUCAUCUGGAAUACGGGCUUGGUAGAGGAGUAUCUCCUCUACCAUGGUAUAGGCGAUGAUGCCACCGGCACCCUCAUUCAGUACAACCCAAAUCUAGACUUCCACAUACACACCUUCGAUGACCUGGUGCCGGGAACCGAGUACACCAUCACCAUCUAUGGGGUCGUUGAUAGAACCAGUGUGAUGAAUCUAAAUCUAAGAAAAGAGCAGUAUACCAAACCUGAUCCAGUCUCAAACCUGGUGCUAACACCGCAAGAAAACACCAUACACCUCACUUGGUCAGCGCCCAACACCGCACGCAGUGGCUACCGCGUUUGCUGGUAUUCAGCGUCCACCAGCGGCGACGAGUGGCUUGAUAGCGAUGCCACCACAUUCCCGUUGGUUAUCUCAACGCCCAAUGAGGAGUAUGUCAUCUCUGUGGCAGCGUACGUUGGAGAGAGUCAGGGCGAUUACGUCCUUAGUGACAAAGUUACUGACUUCAUAACCCUAACUGAAACCUCUCCUUUGAUGUUAGAGGUCAUCGCUUCGGAUGCCAUUUCUGCCUCAUGGGUGACCAUCCCGGGCGUGGUCAACUAUACCCUCUCCUACAGCCCUCCAGAUGGUGACCAACCUGCCUCGCAGGACCUUGAUCAAUCCGUCGCCAUCACUGAAGGCCUCAACAACGUUUACCAUGUCAACUUCACCGGAUUAACCCCGGGAAGGGAAUACACCUUUACCGUCGUCUGGCCACGGGCUUUCAACUACUCUACCCAAGUUGUCCGCACAGAUCCUUUGCCCGUGUACAAUCCAACCGUCUCCAACACGACGUCCUGCAACCUCUUCUAUCGCUGGUGUCUUCCGAGCGGUGACUUCGACAAUGUCAGCAUCACCGUCCUCCCCGAGGUCACAAUGUCCAGAGUGAAUGAUGGCAACGGCACCGGUGGCAUGUGCGACUACCAAACACUCUACCUUGAAGGGUUGGAGCCCGCCACGUCGUACAACGUCUCCGUCAAGGUUACAAGCGGUGACAGAACUAGUGAGGCCGUCACGAUUUAUGCAACAACAGAGGACAGGGGAGGGACAAUCACUGUCACCGAAGUGACCACUACGAGCAUCAACAUAACUUGGUCGGAGGUAGAAAAUGAAGACCAAUUCAUGGUAGAAUGGGUCAUCAAUGCUCCUGGGCCCUCCUUAAAUGCAAACGUUUCAGGUCCCCGAGAGUUCUACAUCGGUGAUUUGCAGCCGGGAGAUGUUGUUCAGAUCACCGUUGCUUGGGACUUCCUUUGUCUGCUGCCGUUUGUGAAGCAGUAUACAAAGCCUCUACCUGUUAGAAAUGUAACGCUUGAUGAAAGCACCAUCUUCACUCUGGCUGUGUCUUGGGAAGCUCCAGCCGAUGGUGCAUAUACCAAAUUCCUUGUCGAGUAUGCCCCAGCACAGAACCCGGAUUCCAUCAGCGCCCUGGAUCCUAUUGACCGAAGUGAAAACACCGCAGUAAUACCAGUCCUUCAGCCAAGCACUGCAUAUAUUGUAAAGGUUUAUGCAUUGGCCGGAGAGGAACGGAGCGAUCCAACAGAGUUAACUGUUACGACGAUGCAACAAAAUGCAGAGGAGCUCCGGGUCCAAGAUCGGGACGCCACAUCCAUAUCCGUCUCGUGGGGCAACACCACCAGACCAGAAGUGACCGGCUACGAAGUGCGCCUCACCUUAAAGGAUAGUAAUGCUGUAGGCACCCCCAGGGAAGUUGGACUUGAUGAUAUCCUAAGUGUUCAGUACAUGGAUCUCAUUCCUGGCACCGACUACACCGCUUAUCUCUUUGUCGUGAUAAAUGGCGAAACUGGUACAAGUGUAGAUUCCAUCGACGUUACAACGUUGCCUGGACUGCCCGGAAUGGUGAACUGUACUUACAGCACCCAGAGUCUGAUUGAGUUUGUGUGGGGCGCAACUCAAGACGGCAACUUUGACGGUUACGCUGUCAGCAUAGAGGCCGAUGGCGACGAGACUCCUUUGCCGAUGGUCGGGAAGGGUGAAUUGCUUCAGGCAACGGCAGACUACCUGAUGGAUAGCACCGAAUACACUGUCAGUGUCAGGAGCACACUUCUGGACAUAAGAGGAGAACCAAGUACCAUGACAUGCCAAACUAAGCCACCCACUAUUUCGAUAUCAAUUGCCAGCCCCCAGAGCUUGUUUGUUGACUGGACCGGUCACUCGGGGGCCGCCUCAUACGAGCUGGAGUAUACACCACGGAAGGGCAACCCCAGGUCCCCUAUCCAUCUGGACAACACGACGGGAAUGGCGUUCCGUCAGGUGGCCAUCUACAACCUGUCGCCAGGCAGGAUAUACCACUUUGUUCUCUACGCAUUGACAAGUGAUGGGGACAGAAGCGAAAUCAAUGGACUAACCCAUGUUAUUGACCCACUUCCAAUAGAAGAGAUUAUCAUUGUCAUCCGAAGACCCACCGCUAUCAUUAUCAGAAUCGUUUUGCCAAGGAGAGGAAGGUUCCGUUUCCUGCGGCUGAGGAUCAGACGACGCAGUCGGGCACUCGACGCCGGGCCAGACGGGGAUGAAUUCUUGGUUGAGACAGACGCGUGUCCCGAGUACACUUUUACCAAUCUCCAACCAGGCACCGACUACACCGUUGAGGUUAACGCGAUUGCCGAUGACGAACUCACAGAGAGCACUCCGACAACCUUGGAUGUAUCAACACCACCUCUUGAGGAACGCCAGAUUUCUUUCAACGAGGUAACCACCACAUCCCUUAGCUUCGUGUGGGGUGCAAUCUCAACCGCCAGCGUUGGACCCUUCGAUUUCUACGUUGUGAACCUGAAAGACGAGACGAAUGCCGAUAUCCAGAACGCACAGGUCAACGCUAGUCUGGCCACGGAGCAUACGUUCACUGGCUUGAUGCCUGGCAGGCUGUAUAUAGUCGAGCUGAUUAUCCAUGGUAAUCGCCUGAGGAAUUAUGUGAUGUACACUCGUCCUGAACAGCCAACAGACAUCACCCUCUCUGAUCUCACGACUACAAGUGUAACCAUCAACUGGGAAGCACCAGCCACAAGCUACCAAGGAUUUAAACUUUGUUGGGUUUACAACAAUAGCAACUCAUUGGAGCUUGGUCCUACCGUCAGGACGCAUACUUUGUCAGACCUGGAAGCAGGGGCGGAGUAUCUGCUUUCGCUCUCUGCAGUCGUCGGGACCGGGACCGAUCAGGUCGCCAGCGAGAAGUUCACCAUGUUGAUUACAUUGCUCCCACCUGCAGAACUUCGUGUCAACAUAACCGACUUCAACACCACUGCGGUCUCUAUUGCGUGGGGUACAGAUAUCCCCCUGUCGGAUGUCAGCAGGUUCGUGAUCAGCUACUGGGAGACUGCCAACAACGCAUCCCUCCAGCAGAUCACUGUGGCCGACCCCAGUCAGUUUGACUACACCGUAGUCGGUCUGACCCCUGGUACUGAGUAUGGCUUCCUAGUCGAUGCGGAAGGGACGAUUCAGGCAGUCAAUUCCAUUCAAGUGGAGCAGUACACAAAUCCAGAGAGUGUUUCAGAGAUACGAAUCCUUCCAUCGUUCAGCGGCACGAUCAAUGUUGAGUGGGAUCGACCUAAUGGCAACCUGGAUGGCUACAUCUUCAAUGCCAGGGAAGUCGGAUCGCCUGACAAUAAUGUGGAAGUUAACGAUACCAUGGACACUGUGGUCUACGAAUUGGAAGGAUUAAGCGAACUUGCAAUCAAUUUUGCUAUUGAUAUUACAACGUUCAUUUGGACAGGUGAUCAUCAGCUGGAAAGCUUGGAACCUGCAACCAUAGAUACUCUUGCCCAUGCUGUUGAAGUGAAUGUUAUGCGUCGUGAUCAGAAUUCCAUAGAAGCCGAGAUCAGUGCAAGGAAUCCAACUGGUUCUUGGAGUAGUGUGACAACAGGAUUAUACGUCAACGAGAUGGUCACCGAUAGCAUGACAAGAAACUGUUCAACGCCCAAUGAUUGCACUUCGUUCACGGUGGAAUUUGAUUCUCUGGAUUCCGGUACGCUCUAUACUCUCUAUGUUGAAGUCGAACUAAUCAGUGGAGAUAAGACAGUGCCUAUGCUCCUCCAGGCGGCUACAGUCCCAGAAUCAGCCGUCGAUCUCCGGAUCACCGUCAUCGGCAUGGACUAUGUCCUCCUGGCAUGGGACAAUCCUGCCGGAAUGAUCGACAGCUACAACGUCUCCUACUAUCCCGUCGAUGACACGACAGCGCUGAUGUCGGAGGUCGUUGAGGCUACCGCUGAGGGGAAUGAACUAAGGGUGGAUGGUCUGAUGGACGGAAUGAAUUACUCUUUCAGUGUGGUUUCGCUCCUAGAAGUCCGGGACAACCUGCAGGAGAUGGGGGCACCAGUUGAAGUUUUUGCAGUUGUUGGAGCUGAAGGCAGCUUUAACAUCACAUCGUUCGAUGAAACUAGUAUUAGCAUCGAGUGGGAAGAAAUUAACGUCGAUGAGUACUUCCUCUCAUACGAUGCCGAAGAAGGACGGUCUGGCAACGUGACCGUUGCUUCCACUGAACCAAACACCUACACCUUCACCGAGUUGACACCGGGAACAUCUUACACCAUUGGUGUUAAGCCUGGAAUUUACUCGGUCAUUGAGAAAAUGCAAUUUACACGUCCAAAUCCACCAAGAAACUUACGAACCACCAUGGUUUCCUCGAGUAGCAUAACGGUAAGCUGGGACACGCCUUCUGCGGGUGGUAGCGAGGAGUAUCGCAUCACCUACUCUCCUGCGGGGGGUCAGCCUACGUCCCCUCAAAAGCGUUCCACGACAUCGAUAACAUUUACCAACCUAACGCCUCUGACGGAGUACAACUUCACGGUCGUGACCCUCUUUGAAUCGCUUGAGAGCGGAGAAGAGGCAACCACGGCAACCACUUCUGCGCAGACGCUCAACCUCGAAAUAACAAGAAAUUUCAGCACUGAAUUCACAGUGAUAUGGGAUGACUUAGACACCGACGACUUUGACAAGUACUGCGUCAGGUAUGCCCCCUACGAACCUUUGGCAUCAGGGGGUAGGCAGCAAGAGAUGUUUUCUCAAGGACGGAACGACCGAAAUGCACGAAUCUACGGCCUGAACCCAGGGCAGGAAUACACAGUUUACGUCACGAGUUGCGACGAUCUCUCCCAGCCGACGGGACAUGCAAGUGAAAGCAUUUCAUACAGAUUAGCUCCCGCUGCUAUCUCUGAAAUCAGCAUCAGGGAGGGCUCCCUCGCAUCUCGUUCUGUGACGCUGGAGUGGGUACGACCUCAGGGUAACCGCACGUACUACCGGGUGACCCUUGACCCCGCAGAUGAGGGCACUGUAGACGGAAACGAGCCCCCUUUCAACCUGAUGGGUGACGAUGCAACGAGCGUGGAGAUCGAUGAUCUGGCAACCGGGAAGGGCUAUACGGUCGGAAUAACCGCCUUCAGUGGAGAUAAAAGAAGCGCGGAAACGACCUUUCUUUUCUACACCUUACCGGACCCUCCCCAAAAUCUUGUCGUCUCUGAGAUCGGGGUAGAAACGGCAAGAUUGAGCUGGGCCGAUCCCGCCGAGAUGAACAUUGACAUCACGGAUAUCAUCUUGACAACGACCCCUGAGACGCCGUCUGUAACAUUGGCGCUUAAUGCCUACACAGAGGAACUGUCCGGCCUCGUCCCAGGGCAGACCUACACUGUUGCGUUGGCCUCGGUGAUCCGGCCUGGUCAACAAGAAAUCAUCGGGGACCCUGAAAUCUCAUCUCCAUUCUUGAUGAAACCUGCCGCACCGACCGGUGUCACCGCAACCAACAAUGAUUUGACCAGGGUGACUGUGCAAUGGACACCAAGCGAGGGGGUGGUGGCUCGUUACCGAUACUCCUACGGCCUUCCCGGUUUGACAGUCCUGGGUAGUGGGACAACAACAUCGUCCGAAACCUCCGUUCAGCUGUCGGACAUGAUACCUAGUACCCGUUACGAGUUCAAUGUUUGGGCGGAGAGUGAUCGCGCGAGUGGAAGCGAGACCAAGUCCAGUGCUAUUGUUACCGUCAAUAUCGUUACAAAACCAUACAGCCCAUUGUUCACGGCAAGCGUACCGACUGCUACGUCCAUUACAUGGGUAUGGAGCUCAACUUCCCCGAACAUUGCCAAUUUUGUGAUCGCAAUCAAAGAUGAUACAGGUGCAACGAUCAAUACACAAAGCGUCCAAGGUUUCAGUUAUACCGAGGAAAGUUUGGCCCCGUUCACAUCGUAUUUUGCUGUACUCCAAGCAGUUUUCUUUGACGUUCCUAGCGACCCUGUGAACGCUCUACCAGUGUUAACACUACCAACCAAUCCCAGCGAGGUCACUUCCCUAUCUGUCAGCAAGACCGGUAAUGUCAAUGCAAUGGCCAGUUGGUCAACUCCGCUGCGUCCAAACGGUGUCAUCGCAAACUACACCCUUGGUGUCUUUAGGUCAUCUGACGAUGGAACCCUCACACCGACUGAAACUUUCACCAUUAACGCUGCGGAAGGAGUCUCUGAUUACUUGCAAGAAGUGGUAGACUUGACUCCAGGAUAUUAUUAUGUUUUCUCGGUGUACGCAACCAAUCAGGUUGCAUCUGGUAAUCCCCGGACCAGCACGAGGACCUUGUUUGCCGAAACAGCUCCACCUGAUCCACCCCGUGAGGGAAUUCCUCAGAUGGUCUCCCGAGGUUCACGCAUCACAAUCUCCUUCCUCAACAGAUUUGACGCAAGGUUUGGGCGUAUCGCGUUCUUCGCAGUCAUCGUCAAGGAACUAGAAGAUAGCUCUAACCUGAUUACCACUGCCAAACGUCAGGUCACAUCGGUCCCUACCUGGGCUGAAGCCAGGAGGACACGCCCUGUUCCCGCCUACCAGACCACGCCCAGCGACUACAACCCCUUCGCUGAUGGGGCGAGCUCUGCUACCUUCACGGUUGGGUCAGAAAGCUGUGACCCUGACGACCUUACAGCUUAUUGCAAUGGCGAACUCUACCCCGGCACUUACUACAGAUUUGCAAUCAGAGCAUAUGGAGUGGACGGCAAAUACUCAGAGACAGAAUUUAGUGCACCAAUAAGAACAGAUCCGGAUAGAGGAAUAUUUGUCAUCCCAGCGAUCAUAAUUGCAGUCAUCGUUGUAGUCCUCCUCAUCAUCUUUAUGGCUAUGGGAUUCGGAUGCUGCGGGAAACCAGAAGAUGAACUGUACGACGAUGGCAACGGAUACACCAACGGCUAUGGCAACGGCCAGAUGAAGAGAGCGCUGAUUGAUGAUGGAGUGAAUACCUACGCCUUCCAACAGCCUCAGAUGAUGGAACAUUCAUUCACAAAUAUACCGGACUACUCCACCGUACCCAGACCACGCCCAUCUGCGGAAGGAACGAGUGCUCAAGUACACCAGCCUUUGACAAUAAAGACAAACCCCGUCAAAAAGAACAUGUUCACUGCACAUGUGAGGAAAAUGACAGCCAACAAUAACGUAGGAUUCAGCGAUGAAUAUAAUAACUUGCCAACCAUUGAGAAGAGUCGAGCAGUGACUGCCGCUAGACAGGCACAAAAUAAUGACAAGAAUCGUUAUAGAAACAUCUUGCCUUAUGACUACAGCAGAGUCCAACUGAAGGGCGUCGUCGGUAACGAUUACAUCAAUGCAAGUUACAUUCAGGAUGUACAGGGAAACAGGAAGUACAUAGCAUCACAAGGUCCCUUGCCGAACACCAUUAGUGACUUCUGGGAGAUGGUUUGGGAGAAUCAGUCUAAUACCAUUGUGAUGAUGACAGCAUUGGUAGAAGGAGGAAAGACCAAAUGUGAGCACUACUGGCCAUCAUCACAAGAACCCGAAAUGUAUGGCAACGUAACAGUCACCCUCAUCGGAAGUAGCCAGAGCGAUGACUUCAUCGAACGCACGUUACUCUUAGAAAAGGAGGGCUCAGAGCGCACAGUAACUCACUACCAGUAUCUUGCCUGGACCGAUCAUGGCGUCCCAGUGUCCACCACCCCUCUUAUCAGGCUACUUCGUCAGGUCAAGGUCACGAGACAGGAAGACGAGGCACCGCCCGGUCCGAUCGUCGUCCACUGCAGUGCUGGUGUUGGGAGGACUGGAACAUUCAUCGCUGCUGACAUGCUGAUGGACGCCAUCCGACAUUCUGCUUCAGAUUACAUCGAUGUCGCUGGUACGGUAGCCAAGCUCAGGGAGCAGAGAGCCCUCUUGGUCCAAACACUGUACCAAUACAUCUACCUCCACCAUACUGUGGACUCAAUGAUAAAAGAGGGUUUUGAAUGAUGUAACAUUACCGCCCUGGCUUCCACAACGUAACCUGAAAUUUCACAGGAUUUUAUCGCUUCAAUCUCGCAUCCAGCAACACAUUGAAAUAUAAUACAAUAAAACUUAAUAAGCAUGUGAAAUAAUUAUAUCAAUAUUCUGUUUUUUGUGUAGCAAUCCAUACACUGAAAUUACAUCUUGAAGCACUUUACAGAUACUUUAUACAUUACAUUUUUGUUGAAUUUCGCCAUUUGAAAUGUCUUUCAUUUACUGUCUUUCCUAAAAACAGUAGUCUUCCAUGUCAAUUUUUAUCAAUCUUGUAUUGAACAUUACAUCAGAAUGCGAUGUAAAAAGCAUUACGUGUAUAUUUUAAUUUGUCAAUUAAUUUGAAUCAAAAUGUCUUUCAUUGCCCAUCUUUCUUCCAAGGAGUAAUAUUCCAUUUUAAUUCUUUCUUUGUGAUUUUUAGUAAUUGCAUAAAUAUUUAUACUUUCAUUAUGUACAUGUAUGUUUAAAAGUUGGUCUAUGGAACAAAUCGUUAGUCGUAAUGGGGCAUUGCAUAUAUUCAUCCAGUUUUGUUAUGUGUACUACCUUUUUGCAUCUUUUUACUUUUUUUAUCUUGUACAAAUACAAAAUGCAACAAAACACUCUUCUAUUGUGCAUUUUUAUACUGAUAUACUCCUAUUGUAUCCACAUUUAUUUUUGUUUACCUGUCCAUAUUGUGUAUGUACUGGAUGUUAUGCACCUAUAUAUUCUCUUUUCUUUUCUCUUUAAGUCAUAUGUAGAAUGUAGUAUUUAUAUGUUCUUAUUUCUGUGAUGUGGUGAAGGGAUAAUUCAUGUGUUAUUCUGUUAUUUUUUUCUUUAUUGUUAGUUGUUUUGAAGGUCCAAUACAUUCCUUUCAUACCAUGCAUGUAUCUUUCUUAUUUUGUUAUUAAUCUUGUUCAAUGAACAGUAUCGACCAUUGAGAAAAAUUGAGAAUUUUUAAAAGAACAGUACUUUUCCCAAAUUUCUCUUCUAAUUCAGACUGAGAUAUACUGCAUGCAGAGAAGUGAAUAGAUAAUUCUUGUUGGUAAUUAAUUUCAGUUAGUAGGAAAUGAAAAAUUGUUAUGAUAUAUGUUUACAAAGCAUCAACUUAAUUCAGUUUGUCUGUUAAUGACAAGCUCAAUAUCACAAACUAAUAACACAAUGUAUGAUGCAUGGUAAUAGAUAAUUACAUGUAUAUUUAAAUUAAUAUGUGUACGUGCAUGUACUGAAGUAUGCUUGAGUCGAGUCUUGAUGCCUAUGGAUAUGCCAUUAGUUUGUGAAAAUGUGUUCAUUUACCAAAAUAGAUUUAUAUUUUAAAAUGAAGCAUUAAAGUAUUUUACUGAAAAAAUGUUUAUGCAGAGCUGCCAACUAUUAAGAAAAGGCAUAAUUAUUACGAUUUUCAUGUCAAAUUAUCUUGGAUUUACGCAAAAGAGAGAGUACCAGAGAUGAUUCUGAAUCUGAGCCUUAAAAAAAAAGAGGAUUCAUUUAUUUUUAAGGAAUCUGUUCUGUAUAUUACCUCUUCAAAGAAACUGAUAAUACCACGAGGCGCAUAUGAAAUUAUAACUUUAUGUCAAAAUUAUGACUUUUUGAGCUUCUAGAUUACUGCUUUUUACUGUUAUAGGUUGGCAGGUCUGUUUAUGUACAUUCAUCGCAUUUAUGUGCCUCAUUGUACCAUCCAUUUGUAACAGAAAGUUUUAUCUUUGAUUUUUUCAGGAAAGGUGUCUUUGUCUCAAGCAUGAAAUGUUUGUUAAUGAAAUUGAGCAAGAAAGAAGAUUUAUUUAUUAUCUUCCAAAUAUAUAUUCUCUGGACAUCUUUCCAUGCUGAUAAAAUAUGAAUUAUACUGUUGACUAUGCAGAAUUAAUAUCAUUUAUAUAUUUUUUAUAUUAUGUUCAUUCCAAAUUCUUUUUGCUCUAAAGCAUCAAGUUACAGAGGUAGAUUUCAUUAAAAGUUCUACAUCGUUACACUUUUAAUUUAGAAGUUUAUAAUAAAUAUUGGGGAAGACGAUUUUAAACUUUUUGAUACUAAU